UAGCGUACUCGAUUUGAUGUAUAUAUAAUAAUCAGUCAUUGUUCGUUGGCAUCUUCGCUUUGUUUGUUCAAGUUUCAGUAACAGCUUCCUCUGAAACUCAGCAAUGGCGGAAAAUGGAGAAACCCUAACAGCUCCAUUAAUUCACAAUCAAAAUGCAAUUCUUCACUUCAUACGUUCUGUCAUUGUCUCCAGACCGGCCAGCGUCGACCCGUUCUUCGUGCUCGACAUCGCUGCCGUUGCAGCCAUGGCGGAAAGGUGGACACGCAACCUCCCCGCCGUCCGCCCGUUCUACGCCGUGAAAUGCAACCCCGACCUUUCACUUCUCAGAGAACUGGCGGCGUACGGCUUCGGCUUCGACUGCGCUAGCCGAUCUGAGAUCGAAGCAGUUCUGUCGCUCGACGUCUCCCCCGACCGUAUUAUCUACGCCAAUCCUUGCAAAGAGGCGACGCACAUAAUAUACGCCGCCGGCGCCGGCGUCAAUCUCACCACAUACGAUUCAGUAUUCGAAGUCGAGAAGAUACAAAAGCAUCAUCCGAACUGCGAGUUACUGAUCCGAAUCAAACCUCCAGACGAAGGCGACGCCGAAUUCCCCUUGGCGAAAAAGUUCGGCGCACUUCCGGAGGAAGUCGAGCCACUUCUCCGAGCAGCACAAGCAGCGCAGCUCCGAGUAAUCGGCGUAGCUUUCCACAUCGGCUGCGGCGCCAAGCGCGGCGACGCCUACAAAGCCGCCAUUAAAGCCGCACGACAAGUGUUCGACACCGCCGCCCGCAUCGGAAUGCCUAAACUGUCGCUGCUCAACCUCGGCGGCGGUUACUCCGCCAAAGGUCGGUUAUUCGAAUCGGUGGCGGAGUGUAUAACCACCGGUUUAACAGAAUUCUUCAGCGACGAACCGGAGGUAACCGUCAUUGCCGAACCGGGUUGGUACUUCGCCGGUCCGGUGUUCACGCUGGCCGUGAACGUCAUCGGAAAGCGACAGAGAGGCAAUCGCCGGGAGUACUGGAUGAACGACGGCAUAUAUGGAUCCGUUAAGCUUUACGACGAGAAGAUCGUACCUGCGCCGUUCGCAUGCGCUUCGAAUCCUGAGAAUCCGACCUGCCAUGGCGAGAAGACGUACGAGUCCACGUUAUUCGGACCAACAUGCGACGCCGCCGAUACAGUCCUGACCGACCACCGCCUGCCGGAGCUGCAGGUCAACGAUUGGCUGGUUUUCCCGAGGACCGGCGGCUACACCAAAUCUGUGGCCUGUAACUUCAACGGCUUCAACGUUAAUUCGAUCUUAACCUACGUCACGGACUCUACCCAAGCAAAGACUAAUUAAUGCUGAGGAUCUACUCCCUUACUGCUGUUAUCUACGCAAUAAAUGCAAUCUAUUUCCUAAAUACAAAAAUAAAGCUACUUUUAUUUAAAACCAAAAUUCCAU